GUUGGAUGUGUCCUUAGGUACAAGCAGGAGCUGUCCCUGGCGGUCGGAAGGGAGCGGAGCCUGGAACGUGCUCAGGUGCAGCUGGGCCUGGACUGGCAGCGCCGCUGUGACGAUGUUGAAAGGCACCACAUCCAAAAAUCGGAGGCCCUGAUUCAGGGUCUGACCGCGGCAAAAAGUCAGGUUGCUGCCAAGCUGCAGGAGACAGAGCGGGCACUACGGGAGCAGGAGGCGGUGCUGAAGGCCGUGACCCUGGAGCGAGACCAGGCCAUGCAGGCCCUGAGGAUGCAGGGGCUCCCCAGACCAGAGGCACAGGUGCUCCUCAGGCAGCAUGAAGAAGAAAUAAGUAAAGACUUUCCAUCCAGUGAGAUCCAGCGCUUGCGAGAGCAGAACAUGAGCUUGCGAAACGUGAUUGCACAGAUGAGGAAAGAAAUGGAGACUCUCAGCCAUCAGAUUCCUCUUCCCGCCCAGAGAGCGGGGGAGAGCACAGAGGCAAACCAGCCUGACCCAAAGGCAGGGGGAGAUGCAAACCAGCCUGACCUAAAGGCGGGGGCAGAUGCCGCCACUCCUGAUUAUGUUCUGGCCCUUGAAGCAGAAAUACGAAAUCUAAAGCAUAAGUUUAAAACCCUGGAAGAGCAGCUGGAAGAUGUGUUGGAUCCUUUAACCAUGUCGUCACCUCGUGCUAAGUCUCAGCCCAGCAUCUGCACCUCGACAGAGACCACUGGAGUGUCUGUCCAGGCUGGUCAAGUGGACUCUGGACUGGCGCUCAGGAAGCUCGGGGACAGAGUGCAGCUCCUAAACCUGCUGGUGACACGACUCAGACAGAAGGUGCUGCGGGGACCCCUAGAGCCGGCUGCUCUGCAGCUCGAGCUUCCCCGUGAGGUGGACCAGGUACACCUGGAGGUUUUGGAGCUGCGGAAGCAGGUGGCUGAGCUGGGGAAGCAUCUCAGGAUAGCCCACCACUGGGGAGCGGAGCCUUCAGGAAGGAAGCAGCCCACAGCCUUGGACGCCGUGGUCCUCGGGAGAGAGGUGGGUGCCCGCCAGCUCCUCCUGCCACCCGCCUCUCGGGGCUCCUGCUGCAGAGGCCAUCCUUGCCUGUGCUCUGCCGGCAGUGCUGUCUGUGUGCCCUGGGAGCUUCGGUGGGACGAGGGCUGCAGCAAAGGCCGUGCCUGGAAGUGGGUCCUGCUCCACCCUUUCUCCCUCUUCCCCUACCUUCUUCCUCUGCCCACUUCCUCUUCUCCUGCUCCUUCACCUUGACACACUGUUGGUGGGGGCGGCCCAUCCGAGUCCUCGCUCCAGCUAACAGCGUCUUGUGUUGGAAACUCACACGUUGAAGGCAGCUCAUGUCUGCUUUAAUACAGGUCCUUGACCGCCUGCUGAGGGGUAUCUGUGCACAGCCCUGCCUGCCCCAUGCCGAGCAGUGGGUCCUCUCUGGGUUG